GGGUAACGUGUGUUCCUGGUAUUCGUAAAUAGCAUCCCGCUAGGAGAAUGAUACAAGAUGGACUAGGUCGCAUUGUCAGUGGCGUCUGGUGAAUAGGCAUAAGCGCCUACAAGAGUAAAUAAGCCGCACAGCCCAACAGCACACCCGGUCUCAAUUCAUGAACCAGUCGGUGUUGAGGCGGCCUUCUGCGCUGCAGCGGACCCUUCCUUUGAACCAAGGCCUACACUAUUUGAGAAGGAGUUUUCGCUUGUAGGCCGGGUCGUAGUUGUCACCGGAGGACAGAAUGGACUGGGUUUGGAAAUGGCUGAGGCACUCGCCGAGGCCGGAGCAACUGUCUAUUGUCUCGAUCUCCCUAUAGUACCGGACAAGGCGUUCCAUGUCGCGCAAGCGUACGUCUCGAAACUUGGAUUGGCCGGAAAUGCACGCCUUGAGUACAGAUCUGUAAACGUGGCCGACCAGAAGGCGAUCUGGGACGUUAUUGAGAUUAUUGCGGAGAAGGAAGGCCGUCUAGAUGUGUGUAUUGCAGCCGCGGGGGUCCUAGUGGCAGAACCGUGUCUUGAACACUCCAAGGAAGGCUGUCAAAGACAGUUCAAGGUAAAUGUGGACGGUGUUUUCUAUUCCGCUCAAGCUGCUGGUGGCCAGAUGACCAAGUUUAGAGUACCAGGAAGUAUUAUCUUGAUCACUUCAGUGAGCGAACAUCUCAUAAACAGGAAUCGGUCCUCAACUGCAUACAAUACGAGCAAAGCCGCCAUCUUACAGAUGGGCCGAAGCCUGGCGUGUGAGCUUGGGCCAAAGAACAUCCGCGUGAACACAGUAUCGCUGGGGUACAUAAAUACCCCUACUACGGAAAAAACGACUGAGGCGCAACAACAGACCUGGGACCAAUGUAGCUCGGAAACCCCAUUAGGAAGUAUGGGGAAGCCAAAUGGGCUUCGUGGCGUAGCUGUUUGGCUAGCAUCAGAUGCUUCCGCAUUCUGCACUGGCAGCGACAUCAUGGUUACCAGUGGCACGCAAGUAUGAUAGUCCAGGGUAUUAUAGUUAGCCAUGGAUUAUUUUCAUGGAAUGUUCAGCCUUUUUCUAAAACAAAUUG